GUAGGGCAAGGGGUUAAGGCAUACAAAUUACGCAAGCAGCAACGGGGCGGGCAUUGAUCCCUAUCAACUAGAAGCCAUGGCUGCUACGAAUCCAGCAAAAACGCUCCAGGAUGAACUGACCUGUCCCAUCUGUCUGGAGUAUUUUAAAGAUCCGGUGUCUCUAGACUGUGAUCACAGUUUCUGCCAAGCCUGCAUCACUCAGUUCUGGGGGGGAUUCACUACUGAUGUCUCCUGCCCUCAGUGCAGAGUGACUUUUCCCCAGAGGAACCUCAGGCUGAACAGGCAGCUCAGGAAUAUUGUGGAAGCAGCCAGAGAACUCAGGUUGCAGACAGGGAAGGAACCAGAACCAGAGAGACUGUGUGAGAAACACAAGGAGCCUCUAAAACUGUUCUGCAAAGAGGAUGAAAUCCCCAUCUGCCUGGUGUGUGACAGAUCCAAGGAGCACAGAGAUCACACCGUCAUUCCUGCAGAGGAAGCUGCCAAAGAAUUCAAGGAAAAGAUUCAGACCCAUUUGAAGACUCUGCGGGAAGAGAGAGAAAAGCUGCUGGGAUUUAAAAUGACUGGCGAGAAGAGAAGCCAGGAAUACCUGAGAAAGACACAAACCGAGAGGCAGAAGAUUGUGUCUGAAUUUCAGGAACUGCGGCAGUUCCUGGAGGAACAAGAGCGACUCCUGCUGGCCCAGCUGGAGAAGCUGGACGAGGAGAUUGUGAAGCUACAGAAUGAAAAUGUCAGUAAACUAUCCCAGGAGAUUUCCCAUCUGAGUGAGCUGAUCAGUGAGCUGGAGGGGAAGUAUCAGAAGCCAUCAGGUGAAUUCCUGCAGGAUGACAGAAGCACCUUGAGCAGGUGGGAGAAGGGGAAGUUCCAGCAACCAAUGGAGAUUUCUCCUGAACUGGAAAAGAGACUCAGUGAUUUCUCCCAGAAAAAUGUCGCUCUGAUGAAGACUCUAGGGAAAUUCAAAGACAUUCUGCCAGCUAAAUUGGAGAUAAGAAGAGGGGAACCCCUAGAAGCACACAGACAGGUGUGUGUGACUCUGGAUCCAGACACGGCUCAUCCCCAGCUCAUCCUGUCUGAGGAUCUGAAAAGUGUGAGCGGUGGAGACACGCGGCAGCGACUGCCCAACAACCCUGGGAGAUUUGACACUGUGUACUAUGUGCUGGGCUGUGAGGGAUUCACCUCGGGGAGACAUUGCUGGGAGGUGGAGGUAGGGGGUGGGAGAUUCUGGGCCGUGGGGGUGGCAAGAGAGUCUGUGAGGAGGAAGGGAUGGAUCAGCCGUAGCCCUGAGGAUGGGAUCUGGGCUGUGGGGCAGUGGAAGGGUCAGUUCCAGGCCCUCACCUCCCCGGAGACCCGUCUGCCCUGGCGCCGGGUCCCAAAGAGGAUCCGGGUUUGUCUGGACUGUGACCGGGGGCAGGUGACAUUUAUCACUGCUGGUGACAAGGCCCCGAUCUUCACUUUCCCGCCGGGCUCCGUCCCUGGGGAGAGAAUCCGACCCUGGCUCUGGGUGGGGGACAAAGACACCUGGCUCAUACUGUAUCCCUGAGGGGGAUUUUCCCACCCAUUCAAAAA